AGUGAUGGCGAAUUGGGCAGGACUCCCACAGGACGUCUUGGAACUCAUCGCUCGUCGCCUAGCCAUAGAAGACUAUUUAUCUUUUGGAAGGGUGUGCACCUCAUGGCGGUCCGCUGCCGCUGCCGCCAAAGAGGCAUACAAGGCGAAGUCGAAAGCCCCGUGGCUCAUGACUCAUGUGGGCGAGCGAAAAGCUGAGUUCUUCAGCCCCUCUGGUGGCAGAAUUUUUCAGUUGCUAGCAUCUCGAGUUCAGACCAUGUCUCCCUCAGGAUGGCUACUCGUGUCAAAUGGGGACCGGGACAGUCUCUUCAAUCCACUUUCGGGCAUCCGCAUCGAGCUGCCGACCUUGGAGAAACGUCGCCACAAAUCAGGUCUCACUGCGGAACUAGGGCUGGAGAGGCUCCAGUGGGACUCCCCUGGAAUCAAGAUCAACAAGAUCGCGCUGUCCUCAAGCCCUUCUUUGUCCAGGAGCUAUACAGUCAUGUCUUAUAGCUUUUCAUCAGGGUUUGCAUUUCACAAAUCAGGAGAAGAUGCGUGGACGGUAGUGAGCCGACCGACGCAUCUGCCUCGGUUCCACGUCCAUCAACUGAUUUAUUACAACGGGCUAUUUGUGGCCUUAGAUGCGUGUAACCGAAUAAUGACUCUCAACGAGAGAAAGUGUCGCAUGCAAUUGCGAUUAGUUCUACGAGAGGAUCUUUGCGGUUGUCCGUAUCUCGUGGAAUGUUCGAGCUCAUUGCUGGUGGCUUGGACGACAUGGAAUGGUGAAUCCAUUACAAACAUCCGAGUUUCCAAAGUGGAUUUGGAGAACAGAACUCACCAAGAGGUAAAGAGCUUGGGGAACGCGUCUCUCUUCUUAAACGCUCACUCUUCCUCUUCCUUCUCGGUGGAAUUCGACGCUGAAUCUUGCCUUCCUGGAAUCAAGCCAAACCACAUCUACUUCAUGGAUUUGGACGACGAGAAGAAGAGUUACAACAUGGACGAUGGAAAGGUCGAGACAUUCAACUAUGCAAUUAGCCGUGACAAUUAUGCAGUCGGAUGGCUCCAACCUGAUUUUUGA